ACAAAAGCCCUUCCUACUCAUUCCCUGGCAAACACUGGCCACCAUCCUCACUGUGGAAGUUCCUAUCAUCUCAGGAACUGAAGUCCUUAAACUACCAGGGGCCUGUUCCCUAGAAUAAGAAGAAUAUAUUGGCAGCUCCUGGUGUCAGGACUGGGAGAACAGAGGUCUGCAAACAAUGACACUUGGAUUGCAAAGCCUAAAGUGUUUAUCAUCUGGCCCAUUACAGAGGAAGUUUUCCAAGCUCUGUUGCAGCCUAUAAAACACAGUGAUUUUUCUAUAUAAACUAAGAGUUCUCGACAUGAGGUUGAAAGGAGCAGACUUCAGGAGGAUCAUGGGAAACCACCUUGACCUUCUCUUAGGAGUGGUGCUCAUGGCCAGUCCUGCGCUUGGAAUUUCUUCCUGUUCCUCUGAUGGUCAGAUAGCCUUGUAUCGUUUCUGCAACCUCACUCAGGUCCCCCAGGUCCUCAACUCCACUGAGCGCCUCCUGCUCAGCUUCAACUAUAUUGAGAUCGUCACAGCCACGUCAUUCCCCUUCCUGGAGAAGCUGCAGCUGCUGGAGCUUGGGACUCAGUUUACCUCCUUGACUAUUGACAAAGAUGCCUUCAGGAACCUGCCCAAUCUUCGAAUCUUGGACUUGGGCAAAAGUGACUUAGACUUCCUGCAUCCAGAUGCUUUUCAGGGGCUGCCCCAUCUGUUUGAACUCAGACUCUUUGCCUGUGGUCUCUCCGAUGCUGUGUUAAAAGAUGGAUAUUUCAGAAAUUUAGAGUCUUUGUCUCGCCUGGACCUGUCCAUGAAUCAGAUUCAUAGCCUUACCCUUCACCCUUCUUUCCGGGAAUUAAAUUCCUUGGAGUCCAUUGACUUCUUCCUCAAUCAAAUACCCAUUGUAUGCGAACAUGACCUCCAGCCCCUCCAAGGGAAAAGUCUUUCCCUUUUAAGGCUUGCUGCUAGUAACCUGUACAGCAGGGUCUCGGUGGACUGGGCGAAGUGCAUGAACCCUUUCAGAAACAUGGUCCUAGACACCCUGGAUGUUUCUGAAAAUGGCUGGACCAUAGACAUCACAAGAAACUUCAGCAACGCCAUCAACGGCAGCCAGAUUUCCUCUUUGGUUCUUACCUACCACGUUAUGGGUUCUGGGUUUGGCUUCCAAAACAUCAAAGAUCCUGACCGGGACACAUUCACAGGCCUGGCCAGAAGUUCAUUGAAAAGCCUGGACCUUUCCCAUGGAUUUAUCUUCUCCCUGAACUCCCGACUCUUUGAGACCCUCAAGGAGUUGAAGCUUCUGAAUGUUGCCCACAACAAGAUAAACAAGAUUACAGAUGAGGCAUUUUAUGGGCUCAGCAACCUCCAAGUUCUCAAUAUGUCAUAUAACCUUCUAGGGGAACUGUACGAUUCCAGCUUCUACGGACUACUCAACGUAGCCUAUAUUGAUCUGCAAAAGAACCACCUUGGGGUCAUUCAGGACAAAACAUUCAGAUCCCUGAGAAGAUUACAUACUUUGGACCUCCGGGAUAAUGCUCUGAAAACAAUUAAUUUUAUCCCAAGCAUAGAUACUAUCUUCAUGGGUGGCAAUAAACUGGUGACUUUGUCAAACGUCGGACUCAAGGCCAACUUUAUCCAGUUAUCAGAGAACAGGCUGGAAAGUCUGGAUGAUCUCUACCUUCUUCUCCAGAUCCCUCAGCUCCGGGUUCUCAUUUUAAAUCAAAAUCGAUUUUCCCUUUGUGCUCAAACGCGUGCCCCUUCAGAGAGUCUCAGCUUAGAACAGCUUUUCCUCGGAGAAAACAUGUUGCAACUUGCCUGGGAGACCGGGUCGUGUUGGGACGUUUUCAAGGGCCUUUCCCAUCUCCGGAUUCUCUACUUGAAUAAUAACUACCUGAAUUUCCUUCCCCCGGGAGUGUUUAGCUAUCUGAUUGCGUUAAGGGGGCUCAGCCUCAACUCCAACAGGCUGACAGCUCUUUCUCCUGGCGACCUGCCUCCUAAUUUAGAGGUUCUGGAUGUGUCCAGAAACCAGCUCCUAGCUCCUGAUCCUGAUGUGUUCGCAUCCCUUAGUUUCGUGGACAUAACUCACAACAAGUUCAUCUGUGAGUGUGAGCUUAGCACUUUCAUCAAGUGGCUCAAUCAAACCAACGUCACCAUCUUGGGGUCCCCUGCGGACAUUUACUGCAUGUACCCCGACUCGCUCUUUGGGACGUCCCUCUACUCUCUGUCCACGGAGGGUUGUGAUGAGGAGGAGAGUUUCAGGUCCCUGAAGUUUUCCCUCUUCGUCUUGUUCACUGUCACUGUGACCCUGUUCCUCGUGGCCACCCUCAUGUUCGCCAAGUUCAGGGGGCCUUGUUUCCUCUGUUACAAGACAGCCCAGAGACUUCUGUUGAAGGAGCAGACCAAGGCCAGAGAGCCGGACACCUACAAAUACGACGCCUACUUGUGCUUCAGCAGCAAGGACUUCGAGUGGGUGCAGAACGCUUUGCUCAGGCACCUGGACGCUCAGUACAGCGACCGAAACAGGUUCAACCUGUGCUUUGAAGAGAGAGACUUUAUGCCGGGGGACAACGUCAUCGCCAACAUCCACCAGGCCGUGUGGAGCAGCAGGAAGACCGUCUGCCUUGUGAGCAGACACUUCCUCAGGGACGGGUGGUGCCUGGAAGCCUUCAGCUGUGCGCAGAGCAGGAGCCUGGCCGACCUCAGCGGCGCCCUCAUCGUGGUGGUGGUCGGGUCAUUGUCCCAGUACCAGCUCAUGAAGCAUGAGCCCAUCAGGGGGUUCGUACAGAAACAGCCGUACCUGCGGUGGCCCGAGGAUCUCCAGGAUGUCGGCUGGUUUCUUAAUAAGCUCUCCCAACACAUACUAAAGAAAGGAAGGGAAAGGAAGGCGGACGGUGACAUUCCGCUGGAGACUAUAGCAACCACCUCCUAGCCAAAGGAGCACUUUUCAACCGAUCCCAAGCCCCGGGUGACUCUUUGCUAUGUCUUUGCACUGAGUUUCCAUCUGGGGGUCCUUUUUGAAGUUUAUUUUCCCUACUGUGGAAAACAACAACCAUAAAGCUCUUGAUUUGCACAGCAACGCGAUGUUUUGUCUCACUGGCUUCCAAAUGGAAAGUCCUAGAUCCAAAAGAUUGCAGCUGCCCCCCAGAGGCCCCCACUCUCCAUCGAUCUCCUUUCAGACUCGAUAACACCGGUCCCUCCUGUUGCACCAACUACAAAAUAUUCCCCAGCUGUGGGUGGUGGGAAGGACACCUUGAGGGAAGUUGCACAUGACGGACACCCUUUCCCCAGCGUUGAGUUCCAGGAGGGGCCGGCCGUCGAUUCCGAGCCCCUGUACUCGGCAGGACAACACUAAGCAGAAAGCAAACAGAAAGAGAGGCCUGGUUCUUGCUUCCACCCUGGGAACGGUGCCCUUGCUGGGUCAAGGUCACGCUCAGUCUCAGGGAGACAGAGCCGGCCCCAGAGAAGAGCAUCUAGGCCUCCUGUGGCCCCAGCACUCUUCCCGUGUCUGCCUUCAGCUCCUGCAGAUGGAACCCAGUGGGCCAUGAACAGUCUUUGUGGCAGGCAACCUGCAUUUCAGCCUGGUGUUCAAGACCUGCCAUGAUUCAACCUAUCUCACAUUUUUUUUUUUUUUAAUCAUUUGUCAACCACUCGGGCUCUCGUGGAAAGAACUUAGCCUUUGGACACAGAUCCUGGUUUGAGUUCUGCUGCUGCUGCUCGCUAGCUGUUUCUCCAGCUGUCGGCAUGAUCGUGUCUACCUCAUAGAGUUGCCGUGAGCAUUAAACUGGCCAAGGAUGUCGGGGCUUCUCAGGUCUUGGCCUUCGUUGCCCCAGUGGCCACAGGAGGGUGCCAACACUGAGGGACGUCUCGGAGGGAGUCAACAUUUCUUUGAAGUUGUCUUUUUUUAAAUCAGAAAA